GAUUCGUUGUUGGGAAGAAGAGCCAAUCUAAACAACCAAGAUGGGUAAGGGAAAUAAUAUGAUUCCGAACCAGCACUACCACAAGUGGUGGCAGCGGCAUGUGCGCACCUGGUUCAACCAACCUGCGCGUAAAUACCGCAGACACCAGAACCGCAUCAAGAAGGCUAAGGCCGUGUUCCCACGCCCAGCCAGCGGUGCCCUGCGCCCUGUGGUUCGUUGCCCUACCAUCCGCUAUCACACAAAAUUGCGUGCCGGUCGUGGCUUCACUUUGGAGGAACUGAAGGGUGCUGGUUUGACCUAUGGUUUCGCAAAGACCAUUGGCAUUGCCGUGGAUCGUCGUCGCAAGAACAAGUCCCUGGAGUCCCGCCAGCGUAACAUUCAGCGUUUGAAGGAAUACAGAAGCAAACUGAUUCUGUUCCCACUCAACGAGAAGAAGAUCCGCAAGGGUGAAUCUACCGUCGAGGAAUGCAAAUUGGCUACCCAGCUUAGGGGUACCGUCAUGCCCAUCAAGAACGAGAAACCAGUCAUUGAGUUCCGUGAGAUCACAUCCGAUGAGAAGAAGUUCAAGGCGUUCGCUACUCUCCGCAAGGCUCGCACUGAUGCUCGUUUGGUUGGCAUUCGCGCUAAGCGCGCUAAGGAAGCUGCCGAAAAUGAGGAGGUUGCCAAGAUUGACGCCAAGAAGGCCAAGAAGUAAAUUGCAAAUAGACCAGAUAGUUAUGUCUACAACAACCACAAUAAAAUAUUAGUUUUUUCACAAACAUGAAA